CGGGGUUAGGCUUUAUCUAGAUGGCUAUGCGAUUUUGGGCUCAUUCAUCCAAACAGGGGUUUCCGACGAGGAGGAGGAAGUACCGGCGCUUUCGGCGGUCUGUUCGGUAGGAAGUACCGGCUGCCGCAUCCAGUCGAGGGCGUCUGAAGCCAUGGCUCGACUCGCGUUCCUCUUGGAGUACAAGACAUGACCCACGCCGUUCAUCAAGAACUGCACUCCACGGUAUUGAGGGCGGUUCUUGUGCGGCUGCCAAUGGCGGAGGAGGAGAUCAGCACUUCGAGAUUUCGGCGGCGGAACGACAGGCUUUUUCGGGAUUUCCCAGCGCCGGCGCUCCCACUUUUCGGACUGUCCGACCCACAGGAGCCCGGCCUCGGCCGCGGAAGUGUCAAUCAGAUAACCCUGCAAUCAAACAGCCGCCUUUGAUAUUUUUGAGACAAAUCCCACACCAGCGAGAGCAUAAAAGGGUUUAACUUACAUUUAGACGCUGGCUUUGUUAUCAUAGAUAUCAAGUGUAGGAGGAGAUCCUACGAGGAUGUGUAAAGCAAAUGCCAGCCAUUGGAUCGCCCAGAUCAGUUACUUCUCUCGCCAAGGUCUCCACAAGGAGACCCUACAUGUCUUCCACCGACUUCUUACCCAAGGCCUCAGACCCGACCGUUACGUCCUUCCCAGCGUUCUCCGGGCCUGUGGCAACCUCUCUGACCUGAAAAGCGGAAGAACAGUGCACAAUUUGGUCACCCGUUCUCUGCUCGAUUCCGAUGCUUUCAUUGGUAGUGCUUUGAUUGAUAUGUACUCCAAAUGCGGUAAACUUCAUAGUGCUCGGAGGGUGUUUGACGGAACGGCUGAGAAGGAUCUCGUGGUGUGGAAUUCCAUGGUCUCGGGCUAUGCCCAUGGAGGCCUAGCAGAAAUUGCCAUGGUCCUACUCAUAAAGAUGAGAUCUUUAGGAGUAAAACCAGAUUUAGUGACAUGGAAUGCACUGAUUUCUGGGUUCUCUCGGAUGGGCAAUGAUGCGAUGGCCAUGGAUCUGUUCAGAUCAAUGCAGAUUGAUGGAGUGGAGCCCGAUGUUGUUUCUUGGACUUCAAUUAUAUCAGGUUUUGUGCUCAAUUUCAAGUACGGCGAGGCUUUUGGGAUGUUCAGGCAAAUGGAAGUGGUUGCAGGAAUGAGGCCAAGCUCCGUAACAAUUAGUAGUCUUUUGCCAGCUUGUGCCAAUGUUGCGGACCUGAGACAUGGAAAAGAGAUUCAUGGUUAUGCUGUGCUAACAGGGGUGGACAAAGAUUUGUUCGUCAGUAGUGCUCUUGUUGACAUGUACGCCAAGUGUGGGCUUAUAUCGGAAGCAGUCAGGAUUUUUGAUAAGAUGGAGAAGAGAAGUACCGCUUCGUGGAAUUCUAUGAUUUUCGGAUAUUCAAACCAUGGAUACUGUGAGAAUGCAAUCGGGCUUUUCUAUCAGAUGCAAAAUGAGCAUGUGAGACCUGACCAUCUUACCUUCACGGCAGUCUUUACAGCUUGUAGUCACGCUGGAAUGGUCGAACUAGGAAAGCAUUUAUUCAUUUUAAUGCAAGAAUAUCAUGGGAUUGAGCCACGGUUGGAGCAUUAUGCUUGCAUGGUGGACUUGCUCGGCAAAGCAGGGAAGCUUGCGGAGGCUUAUGAUCUCAUCAAGGGAAUGCCUAUUGAGCCAGAUUCUUUUGUGUGGGGAGCUUUGUUAGGGGCUUGCCGGCGCCAUGGCAAUGUCCAGCUUGCUAAGACUGCGGCUUUGCAUCUGUUUGAAAUCGAGCCACAGAGUGCAGGAAGCUGUAUAAUAUUGUCGAGCAUGCUUCUCGAUGCUGGGAGACAGGCAGAUGCUGUCAAGAUGCAGAAAUUGAUGAAGAAAAAGAACAUGAAAAAGUUCCAUGGGUACAGUUGGAUAGAAUCUACCUGAUUUAAUAUGAAAUGGUUGUGGAAAAAAAAACUGUAGUUUAUUUAUUCUGCGCAUUGCUAUGUGCAUUUGGAAACAGCUACAUAUACUAUUUUA